AUGAGUCUAAAAGACUCUCAGGACUUCACCGGCAUCGGCAACCGAGCUCCUGGGGGAGAUACUGGGACGGUGGAGAAGCCCUCCCACCCCCACCCAGAAAACCCAAACCAAAAACGGUCCGUAACUCUUGUCCUGCAGCCCAAGCCGGAGAAUGCCGUCACCAUCGGCGUGUCCGCCCGAGUGCUCUUCAACAUGGAGACGGAGCAGCAGAUCUACGAGCGGCAGGGCCUGGAGGAGUACAUCAAGUACCAGGUGGAGCACGAGACGCAGCCUUUCACCCCCGGACCGGCCUUCUCCUUCGUGAAGGCUCUGGAGGCUGUGAACGCGCAGCUGAGGGAGCUUUACCCCGAGAGCGAGGAGCUCUUUGACGUCGUGCUCAUGACCAACAACCACGCAUACGUCGGCCUGAGACUCAUCAAUACCAUCAAUCAUCACCAGUUGUUCAUUGAGCGCUUCUGUAUGACAGGAGGCAACAGUCCCAUCGGCUACCUGAAGGCCUACCACACCAACCUCUACCUCUCAGCUGAUCCGGUCAAAGUUCGGGAAGCUCUGGAAGAAGGAAUAGCAGCGGCCACCAUGUUCACCCCGGAGAAGAUGGCGGAAGUGUCCGAGAGUCAGCUACGCGUCGCCUUCGAUGGCGACGCCGUCCUCUUUUCCGAUGAGUCUGAGCGCAUCUACAAGGCCCACGGACUGGACAAGUUCUUUGAGCACGAGAAGGCCCACGAGAACAAGCUCCUGGACCAUGGGCCGCUGAAAGGUUUCCUGGAGGCUUUAGGAAAGCUGCAGAAGAAGUUUUACGGCAAAGGCCAGCGCAUGGAGUGCCCCAUCCGGACCUACUUGGUGACGGCUCGCAGCGCAGCCAGCUCUGGUACCAGAGCCCUGAAAACUCUGCGCUCGUGGGGCCUGGAGAUCGACGAGGCCCUCUUCAUGGCAGGGGCACCGAAGGGCCCCAUGCUCGAGAAGAUCAGGCCGCACAUUUUCUUUGACGACCAGAUGUUUCAUGUGGAGGGGGCGGCAGAAAUGGGGACGGUAGCUUGCCAUGUGCCCUAUGGGGUGGCUCAGGGGGUCACCAAGAGGGAGAUGAAUGGCAGAGAGACUUCUUCAGCACCCAAGUAGCCUGGACGUCCGACGUCUAAAGGCACGGGAGACUAAAGGAGAUUUCAUUUAGGCCGUCGGCUUAUGACGAUGUUAGAACUGCAUUUAAAACUACAGGAUCCAGACCAAAAUGAACUACUUUUUUAUGAUUAACUGACAUGAAAACGUUUUAACUAAAUUGAGGGGAUAAACAGACAUGUGUUCUUACUCUGUAAUCGUCCUUUAAAUAAAACUACACUACACUUUAAACAUUAAUAUAGUUAUUAGUUUAAACUUAUAAACCAUAAUGAAGAUGGCCUUAUUUGAAUCAGUGCAACUCAAAGCUGUUUGUAAUUACAAUUUAUUUUUUUACACACAGCAGCUCCCUGUAUUAUUAUAUCUGUACUUGUUCCCAUAUCUAUAAAUUUCACACAUACCUUUAAAAAACAAAAACGCCAGUAAAUACAAAGCAUAUUCAAGCAGAGCUAAAUAAUGGCCGUGUAAAAAGUCUAUAAAUUCUAAACUAUUAGGUUACUAAGGAAAAAUCAAGUGACUUGAAGCUAUUUUUCACAUAGAUUGAUUGCAUCCGUAAUGGGUUUGGACAAAAAUAUGCAAUUUGGAUUUAUAAAUGUAUGAUUUUACUGCUUGCUUCGCUGUUUAAAACCGGUGCCUUUUUCCUCAGUAUUGAUCCAGCAUGUUUACGGUGUAGCGUACGUGGUUGAUAUGAAUGUAUUUCAAGAUUAGAACUUGGUAAUUGAUUAUUUUACUCAUUUAUUUACAAGUUUUGCUUGAAGAGAUUAUAUAUAAUAUGAUAUAAUAUAAUAUAUAAUGUAUAUAUUUACUAAAAUGCUUCAUGUGCAAUAUGUAUUUCUGCUACUUGUCCUUAAAGUUCCGAAGGUUCGGUGUCACCUAUUGUUGCCUGUUUGUCUCAUUUUGUAAUUUCGGUGUGUUGUUAUUGCCCCUAUAUUUAGAUUUAGAUAAAAAUAAUGAGCAUUG